CGUGUUGUUGCGGAAGUGCCGGGGAAGCGCUGUGUUCUGUACUAAUCUGACAGCUGCAUUCAUUUUUAAGAGCAUAUAUUUCUCACUGGAUUUCUGUUUAUAGCGCGGUCGUUUACGUGGGAAAAAACGCGAGUUAUGGCAGCUCUACAAUACGCAGGAAUGGACGAUACAGAUAGUGAGGACGAGUUACCCCCCGGAUGGGAAGAAAGAUCUACGAAAGAUGGAUGGGUCUACUAUGCAAGCCACGAUGAGAUGAAGACACAGUGGGAACACCCCAAGACAGGAAAGAAAAAACGUUGUGCUGGAGAUUUACCAUACGGUUGGGAGCAAGAAACGGAUGAAAAAGGACAGAUAGUUUAUGUUGAUCACAUCAACAAGCGGACCACAUACUUCGACCCGCGGCAGGCAUUUACAGUAGAGGAUGUGGUGGUGAAGCCAAAACGGUAUGAUGGAAACACUGCUGCUCUGGAGAUCCUGCAGGGCCGUGAUUUCUCGGACAAGGUCAUCCUGAUUACCGGAGGCAACUCUGGCAUUGGCUUUGAGACAGCCAGGUCUUUUGCUCUUCAUGGCGCCCAUGUGAUCCUGGCGUGUCGAAACCUGUCUCGGGCCAGCAAGGCUGUCAGCCUCAUUCAGCAGGAGUGGCACAAAGCAAGGGUGGAAGCCAUGAUGUGCGACCUGGCCUCUCUCCGCAGUGUCAGGGAGUUUGCUGAGUCUUACAAGGCCAAGAAAUUGCCCCUUCACAUUCUGGUGUGUAAUGCAGGAGUGUGCACUCAGCCCUGGAGCCUAACGGAGGACGGCCUGGAGUCCACCUUCCAGAGCUGCCAUCUAGGCCACUUCCUGCUCGUCCAGUGCCUACAGGAAGUGCUGCGUCGCUCUGCCCCCGCUCGUGUUGUGGUGGUAUCUUCUGAGUCCCACAGGUUCACAGACCUGCUAGAUUCCUGUGCUAAAGUGGACCUUGACCUGCUGUCACCCCAAAAGAAGGACUACUGGUCCAUGCUGGCUUACAAUCGCGCCAAACUCUGCAACAUCCUCUUCAGCAAUGAGCUCCACCACCGCCUCUCACCUCAUGGUGUCACCUCCAACGCAGUGCAUCCUGGGAACAUGAUGUACACCUCCAUCCACAGAAGCUGGUGGCUGAUGACCUUUAUCUUCUCUCUGGCCAGACCCUUCACCAAGUCUAUGCAACAAGGGGCGGCCACCACGGUGUAUUGUGCCGUAGCUCCGGAGCUGGAGGGCUUGGGCGGCAUGUACUUCAACAACUGCUUCCGCUGUCUGCCGUCCACCCAGGCACAGGACCAGAGCUGCGCUGCCAGCCUGUGGGAGCUGAGCGAGCGCCUGGUUGCGGACGGGUCAGCAGGCAUACAGUCCCUCUGAUGGACAGAGGGGAAGGGGUAGGAGAAAGAAGAAGAGGAGGAGGACUAGCCAAAUGAUGUCAAAGAGGAAUGAUUGUGGGUUACGGUGAUGUCCAGUUAGGAUUGAACUGAAUAAAAGGUAACUGUAUUCUGACUGCACCAUACAUGAGAGCUGCCAAACCACAGAAAUCCAUCUGGAUAUGUCACGUCACUAGGGGGGCUAAAACACACUAGAUAUACAGUACAGAAAGGGGUUUCAUAUACAAUCUACUGAAUAAAUUAAAGUUAGGUUGUGUUCAGCUCUGCUCUGACAGUUUACAAUGGGAGGUGGGGGGCGGGAGUAGAUUUAGGACAAAAUCAGGGAUGUCUUAAAGAUUUGUUUGUCUCUGUAGCUUUUUAUAACUCUUGAUUAUUUUUCAUUUAUAAAUUGUGUUUUUAAUAGAGAAAAGUUCAUAAAAGCUAAUGACCUGUAUUGUUAAGAAUACCUAAUAAGCAUAUGUUUGCAGCAGUAGUGCACUGAAUGGCAAAUAUUGUGUCUUCCCAAUUAAAUUCAGUCUCCUCUAGCUCUACAAUGAUGUUUCCUAUUGAUAUACAGAGAGCGUUGGUUAAUCAUUGUGCUAAAUCUUUUUUGGGCAUAGAAGAAAAAAGGAGUAAUGGGCAUGUGACACUCAUGAAUAUAUAAACACACUAGAGGUAUAAUUCUUAUGACUAUAUACAUUAUUCUGAAAUAAUUGUAUUUCUUAUCAAUGUCCCUCUUUAUUUCUGUACAAUAUUUACAACAACUUAAUACUGGGCAUGUGCUAAAGGGGUGUGGGCAUAAUCAUUUUUCUGCUUGUUAUUUGAUUCAACAUAUGUGUUUAUAAUCUAUACUCUGGUAAAUCUAAAUUAUAAUUUGAAUGUAUUUGUGGGAUGAUCCAUGUCUGUUUGAGUAUGAGGAAAAUCCUUUUUUCCAGAGUCCAGGAUCUUGAAUUUCUGUGUUUCUUCCCCUGUGGUUUAAGAAGAAUGGGAUUUCCAUCUCCUGUUAGUAUUUUGUCAUCAUUGUUUUAAAAUUGAAUCUGGCUUCGGGGUUUGCUGUGGAUCCUGAAGCUGCUGUUGAGACAUUGUGCUUUAUGGCAGUCUGGGUGCCGUAGGUUGCUCUUGAAACAUCAGCAUUCCAGUGUCAUGAUAUCUGUAAGAAAACAAAAAGGGAAAAAAACAUUUAAUAAAAAUCUGUUCAACAGUA